AUUUUGUAAAUAUCGAGUUAUUGAGGAAGCCAAACGACGUCGUGGGGUUGGAAAAUCGCCAGAACCAGAGCUUAGACCUCAACUGUAGCUAUGGAAGCUUCGGAGGAGAUCUUACUCAACUCGCUAGCCAACUCGGGCGUACCGAUUCCGCUCGGCUGCUCUUCUGUCGGAGACCUCACACCGCCCUCUCUCUUCUCCCUCUGCUCCGCCGCACUCCGCUUGAUCGACGGCCAGCGUUAUGCGUCGGCGUUUCCUCCAUGCUUGCCGGUGGAUUCAAUCCCUGAUAGGCUCAAAAUCUGCUCCGAACUCGCACACGCCUUUAAUGAGUUAGGCUACAGCGCCGACCUCAGUUUCCACAAGUUUCUGUACCCAUCCGAGGAGGACUCGUAUAACCUAGUGAGAUUUUUGGUUGCAAAACUCUCUGAAUCUUCUGCAGCUCGCACAGCGCCUUUAAGAGAUGGAGGUAACGAGCUCGGUGAUGAGGGAGAUACUGUGCAAAUUGAAGAGAUUUUGGAUGGAUUUAAUUCAGCUUUACACAAUGUGAAACUAGAGGAUAAAGAAACUAAUGCGAAGGGAGAUCGGUAUUCGUGUAUUUCAGAAGGGGCUGAGAGCUCCGGAAGGAAUGACCAAAAAAAUUCUCAGCAUCUUGGUGAAGAGUUGCAGCUGUUAAAAGCAGCUGCAGAAAUGGUGUGUGAUGGCCAGCACCCUGUUGAAUUUUACAUUGAUCAGCUCAAUGAACAAGUGGAAGCCAAAAGACAUAAGCUAAAGGAGCUGGAAUCAGAGUGGAAAGCUACUGAAGGACCUCUGUUGGAGAAGAAGAGAAAUCUUGAACAAUCUCUCUUUUCAUUAUAUCCUGAGGCAAGUGGAAAGCUUGUGAAGAUGAAAAUGGAAACAGAAUCUGUUUUAGCGGAGAUCAAAACAAGGGAGGAGGAACUCUCUAAGCUAUCACAAGAUCUCAAGAAACAGCCCAAGCUGCCACCAAGGAGGUCCUACAUUGAGCGUGUCACUGAAAUUACUAGAAACAGCAGGAAACAGGAUAACGACAUACAACGUAUCCUGAAAGAUACCAGGGAGCUCCAGUUGGAGAGUAAUACUAUCCAGGAACGCCUUAAUCGAACUUAUGCAGUAGUUAAUGAAACAGUUUUCAGGGAAGCCAAAAAGGAUCGUGUUGCUCGACAAGCUCAUAGGCUUCUCACGGAUAUCCAUGAAAGCUUCGAACAGAUAGCCGAAAAAGUCCUAGCCACUGACAGAUCGCGUAGAGAAGCUGCUGAUUAUGAGGCCAAACUUGCAACCCUCCAUGGUAUGAGCAUGAACAUGAGCAAGUUACAAGAAGAUCUUGAUGCCAUUAGAAAAGAAAACGAGCUCCUUGAGCAACGCCUGCAUCAACAGUGAUUUUGUGGCAUUUCUUUUGUCUUUAUUAACAACUUUCCCUGUGUACAUUGUACUGAUGCAUAAUUUUUUCAAACCAGCCAUGAAUUCAAGAUAGCAUUUGCAGUU